AUGGGGCGCUGGCGGCGAAUUGUCCGAGCUGAAGAAGCCUUUUCCUUUCUCCGAAGUAGAGUGCCCGAUGCGGAAAAGCGGAGAUUCAGAGGACCCUGGGAAAUCGACCGAUGGCUGUGGGAUGUCAAAGAUGCUUUCUGUGAUGCGGAGGACUUACUCGAAGAAUGGAACCUGGAAGUUAUGCAAUUACGAGAAUCGCCGAGCAAAGAUGAGAAGUUGAACCAGGUAAUUCCCUCCUCCUCUUCGCCUUCUGAAAAACCUGAUUUAAGGCUGGAGAUGAGCGCCCGUACGAAGAAAAUCAGGGAGAGAAUAGAAGCCAUCGCUGCCGAAGGGAGGGAUUUGGGCUUGCGAGAGUGCGCGGAGGAUGGGUCGAGUGGGAUUGGAAAGCCGGCUCUUGAUCGCUGUCUAUACGAAGAUGACAAGGUCAAGAAGCAUUUCGAUGUAAGGAUAUGGGAAGAAGAAGAGACUAGAAAUCCAAUUAAGGUAGAUAUUGGUAGGCGGAUAGUCAAAAUGUGUGAUGGAAUCCCUUUGGCAAUACGAAUGAUUGGAAGUCUAUUAUUCUUCAAGAAAACCGAAGCUGAGUGGUUACAUUUUGAGGACGAGAUCUCAGAACUUUCUGCAGAUUUACUUCAGCUCAGUUAUAAUCAUCUCCCAUGCCAUCUAAAACAGUGCUUUGCCUUCUGUUCAUUGUUUCCCAAAGACUGGGUGAUUGAUAAACAAAUGUUGACCAAGUCUCUGGAGGCAGAAGGAUUUAUCCUGUCCAUAGACAAUGGAGAUUGGGACAUGGAAGAUAUUGCUCAUGACUAUUUCAUGGAUCUACUUGGGAGGAAUUUCUUUCAAGACUGUGUUAAAGAUGAACUUGGAAAUACGAAGUCUUGUAGGAUGCAUCAUUUAGUAAAUGACCUAGCACACCAUGUUGCUGGAACUGAGUAUGGAAGAAUUUAUCAUUUGCAGUCACACCUUGAAGAAAGAACUCAUCAUUUGUCAUGUGGUAUAGAGAAGUUGCCAAGUUCCAUUUGUGAGUUGAAGCACCUGACAUUUCUAGAUUUCUCUGAAAAUGAAGGAAUCGUAAGGCUUCCUGAUUCUUUGACAAAAAUGAAAACCUUGCAUGUACUUAAACUCAAUAUGUGUUACAAGCUAAUAGAAUUGCCUAGGGAUAUAAGAAAAUUGGUCAACCUCAGGCACCUGGAGUUUAGCAACUAUUUCAUUUUGCCUGGGGAUGAUUCCUGCCGAGAGAGUUACGGCGGGCUACGGGAGUUGAACAGGUUAAACAAUUUGAGAGGAAGCCUCAGAAUUGAAGUAAAGGGAAAAAUAAAAGAUGCAGUAGCAGAAUCAAAUGGCUCGAACUUGAAGGAGAAGAAUUCCUUAGUUUCACUAGUAUUAGUAUUUGUCGGAAAAGAACGUGAUGAAGUUCUACUCAAAGAGCUGCAGCCAAGCUUAAAUCUUCAAAGCUUAGAACCAAGAGGCUAUGGGGGCCCAAUGUUUCCAAGCUGGAUGUCUCGCAUGCCUAAGUUAGUUCAGCUACGGUUGUUUGAUUGUGCACGAUGCAAAAGUCUCCCAUCACUUGGUGAGCUCACUAGCCUCAAGCAUUUGGAAAUUGGUGAGCUAUCCAUAACAGAGUACACAGAAAGUGAUAUUCAUACCCUCUCAUCACUUCCUAAUCUGUCUACAUUAAGGAUAUGGGAGUGUCCUAAUUUGAACGGAUUCCACAACUUGUACAACUCAAGGAGUUGGGACCUCCUAGUUUGCCUGUGGAGGCCCUUGCAGACUUUAGUUGCCACUACUGAACAUAUAAUUGGUAUUGAUGAUCGAGUGAAGGAUGUAAUCCGAGAAGCAGGAUCAUCCUCACAACCAGAAGAAAAGAUGUUUACCAGAUUCAAAGAAAUGAGGACCAAGUCAUUUCAUAUGAGCAUGACCAUGAGAUUUUACCGAUGA